UCGACCGACCCCAGCACGAAUGAAGAAACGUGGAAACACUGUAGGCUACUACAAUAACCGACUACAACAAGGAAGCAACGUGGUUAACGUUACUCUGUUAGCCUAUUUGGACAUAACAGUUUUGAGGAAGUAGAACUAAAAAGAACGAAACAUCGAGUCAUUUUGGAUUAGUCUUAUAUCGUGGCGAGAAUGAAGAGAGAAGUGAGUGCUGGAGUAAACUUUCUAAAAGGUUUGGCAGUGAAGCGUGGAGGUGUGGAUCAAAUUAAAGCCAAACUUUUCGCUACUAAAUUACAAGAGCUUCUGCUUGAAAAGUUCUCAGACCACUGGUACCCAGACAACCCCAGCAAAGGACAGGCAUACAGAUGCAUCAGAAUAAAUGACAGAAUUCCCUGGGAUGAGUCGGUAUCACAAGCGUGCAUGGAGAGUGGCUUAAAGCCAAGGGAGUUGGGCUUUCCUCGGGAAAUCACAAUGUGGAUCGACCCAUUGGAGGUGUGUGUGCGGUCUGGGGAGAACGGCAGAUAUUUUACAGUGGCUCAGUUUGCUGAAGUCGUGGAUGAUGUAAACCACUUGAAUAAGGAUGACACUUUUACCCAAGUGGAUUCUGUGAAUCCGGAUACAUCAGACUACCACUCUGCUACCUCAUCUGACUGUGGCUCAGCAGUCUCAAGUGAUACAGAAGAGGAGGUGAAAGAGGACGAAAUGAAAAAAGUGGAGAAGAGAACAGUGGGGAACACAGUUUAUACAACGAGAUUUAAAGCAAGGGAGCCAAAAGGGCAACGCAAGUUUCCCACAGCUCAGAUCCCUGGCCCGCAGUACUUUUACAACCCUGCACCGAUGUGGCCUCAGUACAAGAAAAAGAGAGGCAUGUUCUUCACGCCCGUAUGCCCACCUGCUCCGUCUCCUUUGUUUGCUUACUAUGUUGUACCCAAAGCACCUCCUCAGUUCAUUGUGCCUCACGCUACCCUGCAAACCUGGGGGACAGUGAAAGGGUAAAGAGCUCGAAAUCCAUUAGCACAUACACCUGGUAUGUGAGAGAAUAUUUAUAACGUAUAUGCCACUCUGCAGGGAACUUUAUAGCUUUUCAUAAUGAAAUCGUAUGCAUGAGAUAUAGACAAGCUUGCCAAUUAUUUAACUUAUUGAUAUUAGUCAUAUUUUUUCAACCUUUUCUCUUUUUACCUAUUUCAUAGUUAUUUCUUUGGUCUGUCAAUAUAUUCAAACUGCUCUUGCACAAAACACAAUCUGUUAUGACUUGAUCUAUAACUCUGCGAAAGUUGAUUACUGCAUACUUGAAAUUUUUAAUUCAUCGAGAUGAAGCUUUUCCACCCACUUCUGUAUUGAACGUUUAGAUGUUUUGGGAAGUUUUUUAAUCAAAGAAUGUUUGAGAGGUAUUUCAUGUAAUAGAAAAUCUGGAGUGAUUUGAAAAUCAAAGUUUGAAAUCAAUUUGAAUUCAGUGAGUAUUCACAAAAUAUUACCAGCAGUUCAGCUCUGAGUUGUUUAUAGAGUCAGCAAUAUCUCUGAAAACACCAAGCAUCCCUUUUCUAUACAAUUUAUUUUUUAAAUCAACUCAUACUGAAGCCAAAUAGUGCUGUGUGGAUGAGGCUUCAAAUUUGCUGCUUUUAGAUAAUGUGAAUGAACUUUUUUUCACUUUCACUAAGAAUAAUCACAUCUGCUCAGGAUGUAGAGAGGACUGCAUUAAUAAUAAUAAUAAUACAUGUUAUUUCAUUAACUAUGCUAGAUUCUGUGCACAAUUUUACCUUUGCUAAAUGGUAAUGAUAAUUUUAUCCAUUACCACUAGGGUCUAGUACAGAUUGCCAUAUUUCCACAUUUCAAUAUCUUUUAUUUGCUGCAGUUUUAAUGUUUUUAUUGUAAAUAAUUGAUUCUGGUUCUGUUUUGUAAAAAUGCAUGUGUAUAGUGUCCUCAUCUCACCAGUGCUGUUAUACGUUUCAAAACAAUUAUUUAAAAAUGUUUUGUUUUAUAAUCUACCUUUUUUUAUGUAGAUUUAUUUAGUUUUUGAACUGUUAUGAAUAAUUGAAACUAUUAUAACAUAUAAGUGUCUUUCAACACUGGAUUUUUACUUUUGCUUUAUUAUUUUGUAUAAAUGAAUCGUGUGCAGUUUUGUAUGUUAAACUUAUCCCACUUUUACUAUUUUUACAAACUUUUGCCUGUUUUCUUUGCUCAGUCUUCAAAUGCAUAGGCCUAUUUAUUUGUAAUUUCUUUCUCUGUAUUCUUUAUAUAAUGUUUUGUUGUUAUGCGACUUUUGCUUCUGUUUGAGCAAAAAAAAGUCAUGAAAUCUGUGUCCAACUGAUCUGUUAUAAAUAUAUAUUUUAUUACUAAAACAGUAA